UGCUAAUCGAGGUGUAGUAGAAUAGUUGAGUAAUGCCAAAGGUACAAGGCAAUUGGAAUAGCGAUGUUGGGGCAGUAAGAAUUGAUGCCAAAGAAUGAUAUUUCAUGCUUCGAUAACAAUAAAUAUCGAGACAAAUGGAUUCACCUGGGAUACUUUAGUAGUAAUUAUCCAAACAAUGCUGUGGAGGUGCUUGUAUAUAUCUUCAGUAAUAAUUAAACCCAACAUGCUAAUGGCUGCCAGUAGAAUGCCUGUAUUAGAUAUUGAUGUCGAAGUUGGCAAUUCUUCUUCAGAAUAUUUAUGCAAUUGCAUGAAUACAGUAACUUGCCAUCUCUAUUCCAUUUACUUAAACCUUAGUGUGGCCAUUUCCAAAAUAAUAGUGUAUGAUUUUCAACCAGCUUUCUACUUUCCUGGUUCCAUGCUACUACAUGGCAAGAAAAUUCGAGAUUUACCAUAGUCUAACGACUGAUCAAGUCAUCUACGAGAAGGAUAUUAUAUAAUUUAAAUAAUAAAUGUUACUGAUUUUCAGCAACUCAUCU